CGGACCUCGAUUUCCCUUGCUGUACCUUCAUAUUAAUCCAGCCUUUGUUUAUAAGGGUGACUCAAAAGAAAGAGAGAGAAGCAGAGCAAUAAAACCCCUACCCGCCCCCAAAGCCAAAGCAAGAAAGAGAAAGCAAAAACAGAGCAAGAGAAAGCAGCUGAAAGGAGAAGAGAAGAGAGAAAGCGAAUCCCACCCAAGUUGAAGAAGGAGGAGGAGAGAAAAGGGUUUUCAAGAUAGGGUGCUUCGGGGGAAGGAGUAGGUACAGCCGGCAGAAGAGUAGCGGUGAAACAAUGGAGACCGCUCAGCCACAGCCGCCGCCAUCGUCGCAGCCUCAGCCACAGCCGAAGCAGCUGAAUCAGCUGAUGGUUCAGCAGCCCUCGGGGAGCCUGAGCUUCAGCAGUCAGAUGUCGAAGGAAGACGAGGAGAUGUCGAGGUCGGCGCUAUCCAAUUUCAGGGCUAAGGAGGAGGAGAUCGAGAAGAAGAAGAUGGAGGUGAGGGAGCGGGUCCAGGCUCAGAUGGGCCGGGUCGAGGAAGAAACCAAACGCCUCGCCUUGAUUCGUGAGGAGCUGGAAACUUUGGCAGACCCCAUGAGGAAAGAAGUAUCUCUUGUGAGGAAGAAGAUUGAUUCAGUGAAUAAGGAAUUGAAGCCACUAGGACAAUCAGUCCAGAAGAAGGAGAAAGAGUACAAGGAUGCUCUUGAUGCUUUUAAUGAUAAGAACAAGGAGAAAGUACAGCUCGUUACCAAGCUAAUGGAGCUGGUGACCGAAAGCGAGACACUAAGGCUGAAGAAGCUUGAUGAGCUGAGUAAGAGCAUAGACACAGCCCGCUGAUUUGAUCGAUCCAAUGCCUCUCUCCGCGGGGCUGAUGACUGAUUUUAGGGCUCUUUGUGCAAGUGUUACUGCUUGCUGCUGCUGAUGGUGAUGAAGAUGACUGUGGUUGUAUUUAAGUUGACCUUAUUUAUAUUCAUAUGAGGGUGUAUUUUCUUCUUCUUCUUCUUUUCAAUGGGGGUUUGGUGUAAUUCUAUAUCUUUUGUUUGUUUCUGUUAGCAAAUUUUAAUGGAGUUUCAUUAGUAGGUGGGUUUUUAGGAGGGGGGAAACACAUUAUAAUGGACAGGGUUUGUAACUAGAAAGUGUUUAUUUUGGUUGUCCUCUCUCAACUUCUUAAUGGUUUCCUUUUGUAGCUUCUUUCUGUGGUUUGUUCUGUGAAAAAGAAUUGAGUUUGGUACAGUGUUCAAUCUCUCUUUAUUGCAGCAUAGCUAAGUUUCAAUUUCCUGCUCUGAACUCAGGGUUUUGCUGGUUAGUCUUUAUGACUAGAAUUUUGCUCGCUUCUAUGGAUGCAAACUUCAGUCCCAUGAGUAUGUGAGCCAUCC